AAUAAUCACAAAUGCAAAACUAUGAGAUAUAAAGCCUGCUGCGCGCGCAAAUCCGAUGAGGGCAAGCCGAAGCGAAGCUCAUCCACUGGGCGGCCUGCGUGCCGGGUCGAUAACUACGGGCUGGCCAGGAAGAGCACGUUGAUGGACAUAGCCGCUCGAAUCAACAGGAAAACAUAUAAGAUGUACAAAACGCACAACACCGAGUGGCUGGUCGUGGACGGCGAGCAGAUUGGGGUGCAGACGAAGCACAAGGAGGAGCUGGGCAUGGAAAUGGAGAACUUCUUCAGGCCCAGCUAUCCAGGAGCACCUCAGCCCAGUGCGAAUAGUCCAGUUGUGGUCGAAUCUAGACUAACGCCAAACUAUUCGAAUUUCCCCCAUAGCAAUAUGAAUACAUCCACAUUUGGCCAUAUUAAGGAUCAGCCCAAGACGGGAGAAUUUAAGAAACGGAACCUCGACAAUUUGCUCAAUGCGGAACACGUGCAGCUAAUCGACAGCAAAGAGCUGAUAGAGCGAAUACAGAACUUUGUCAAGAAGGUGAAGGACAAGCGUAAGGUGUGCAAGUCCAAGGAGAGAGCCAGAUCACCAUUGCAGCGUAAAAAGCUGAGCCCUCAAGAGGUUCUGCGCUCGUCCAAUAGACCAAAGAGCAAAACAAACAUAUUGUCCGAUCAUAAGAACCAGAGUUUCCGACCUGACGCUGAACCAACUUCAAUGCAAAGCUCCACCAAGAUCAUUUAUAAACACGAGCAAACGCUACUGCCUCUCAACAAGGACGUUUUACAGUUCUUUAACAACUCCAAGCUCUUAGCGAGCAGACGAGAAACUGCAGCAGAGGUGGAGCGAAUAAAGAUCAACUUGAAGCCAAAGAGAAAUGUUAAGCAAACUAAGAGAACUGUGAGAAAAUCGAAGAGAAUAAGCAGGAAAACGCUCGAGAACUCAUCGAAUGUUUGGAGAAGUGCUGUAAGUAUUAAGCUCGAUAAGAUGAACAAGAGAUUGCCCGUGGGCAAUUCGAAAUGGAAGAGCUAUGAGGAUCCAGAUAGAACUCCUAGACCCUGCGGGUCUAGCAAAUCGGAUCUUAGACCAAGAAUCAGAAAUACGAAGGUAAAUGAGCCGAGAGGCAAACUGAAUGCUAUCAAAAAGAAAUCGAUUGAAAAAAGAAAACAAAUUAAGGACAAGGGCAAGCAACGGCAUUACAUUAAAAUUGAACAGAUAAAGCAAGUCAAAGUAAAUGACUGGCUAGAAGAUACGGAAAUGGAUACGGAAACGGAUGAGCAGCAGAGGCCAGAUAUAACAAAAAAGAAUUUAAAGACUGCAAAGAAACCAGAGAAGUCAAGAGAAAAACGAAUAGUUAUAAACACAAAUAAAAAGCCGAUUGAGAAGAAAAAAGAAGUUAAGGAUAAGUGCAAAGAGCAACACAAACCGGAACAAAAUGGAGCAAAGCAAGACUGGCUAGAGGACGAUACGGACGAGGAAGAGCAGGUGUAUUUGUUAGGCACAGAAGAUGAAGAAUUGAUGAACGCGGAAAUUAUGGACAGUAAAGAUUCGAGCGCAUCGUCCAAGAAACAACGCGCGUUCACAAAGUUCAAAAAGUUGAUAAUGAAAAUGAAAAGUAUCGUAAUCAAGAGCAAUAGAGCGGCAAAGAAUAUGAGUCAAACAAAAAUGCAAAUAAAAGAGAGACAAAUGAAAGCGAAAGAGCAGCAAAAUGUGGAAGCGAACAAUGUACGAACAGUUGCAAUUUAUAAACCGCAGAAAAGAACACCUCUGGUCAAUGCCAUUUCGCCUCGAUUGCGUAUGGCAGAUCAAAGCGAACCACCAACUGCUCAGAUGCCAAUGAGUGUACCAGUACCUACAGAACGGAGUAUACUACAGGAGCUCUUCAGCCUGGUUGAGGAGACCGCGAGAGGUAGAGACAAGCCUUGUCAGAUCUAUGAACUUUGCAAAAAUCCAUCCAAAUCCAAAAUUUGGAGCUCGUUGGGAAUUCGAAUUGGCAAUUUUGCCAAAAGAACAAAACUAUUUCCAUCCAUCAGAGCUAAGAGUUCAAAGAAAGAGCUGGCACUCUAGCAUAUUUCGAACGCUUAUAACGUGCAUCCAAAUUUUGGUUUUCUUUCUAUUCGUAAUGGUCGUAUUCGCCGAUCGGAAUCCCAU